AAAAAAGUAAGUCAAAGGGACUAUAUAUAUAUAUGCAACUCAACCUGAUCUGUAGCGUACAUUAUACAACAUCAAAAUCAAAGCUCACAUAAAACCGUCCGCAUACCUUUCUCUCCAGAUACCGUUGUUGUUGUGUGCAGAUAUGGGAUCGGUGUUAUCAUCGUUUUGGGGAGAAUCUGAACAAACUCCCAACGACGGCGAUGCAUCAUCGGGCGAAUCACGAGUCAUCGAAUUUCAUUCUUCUAACCGCUGGCAACUCCAUUACAAUGAGUCCAAACAGUCCCCUAAACUCAUGGUGGUUGAUUUCUCAGCCUCAUGGUGUGGACCUUGCAAGAUGCUAGAGCCCUUUAUACGCUCCCUCUCUUCUAAAUAUCCAGAAAUCGACUUCAUCAAGAUCGAUGUUGAUGAAUUACAGGAUGUUGCGCAGCAGUUUGGGGUGCAGGCAAUGCCUACACUUGUGUUGCUGAAACAAGGGAAAGAGGUGGAAAGGGUUAUUGGUGCUAAGAAGGAUGAACUGGAGAAGAAGAUCCUUAAGCACAGGGCAACUCCUAAGUUUGCUGCUUAAUCUAUCAAGUGUUUGAUUGUGUUGAGAAAACUUGAAACUUAUUUGGGCAAGUGAAAUCUGAAUUGUGUCAAAUAAAGUGGUCUUCUGUAUGAACUGCUUAAAUAUUUAUGGUGUUGGUUUAUGUAUUUUUACUGAUACUAGUUAAUUACUUGAUAUGAUUCAUGUUGUCGCGCAGAUCUUUGAUUGUGUA